AUGGAGCAAGAGGCGAGCGGUGGCAGCGGGCGGUCGGCCGGGUUCCUGCAGCAGAUCCUCAGCCUGAAGCUCGUGCCGUGGGUGGGCAACGGGAUGCUGUGCCCCAACUCCACUUCUCUCUGCGCCUUCCCAGAGAUGUGGUACGGUGUGUUCCUGUGGGCACUGGUGUCCUCUCUCUUCUUUCAUGUCCCUGCUGGAUUACUGGCCCUCUUCACCCUCAGACGUCACAAAUAUGGUAGGUUCAUGUCUGUAAGCAUCCUGUUGAUGGGCAUCGUGGGACCAAUUACUGCUGGAAUCUUGACAAGUGCAGCAAUUGCUGGAGUGUACCGAGCAGCAGGAAAGGAAAUGAUUCCAUUUGAAGCCCUCACCUUGGGCACUGGACAGACGUUUUGUGUAGUGGUAGUCUCCUUUUUACGGAUUUUAGCUACUCUAUAGCACAUACCCUUGUGCUAUGUUGGCGAACCUAA